AUGCGUAAAAUAUGGGAAUUAAAGAAGAAGAUGGCCGAAAAAGAACGGCUGAGCGGCGGUGUAAAUGCUUCUCAAAUCCGUAUUCAAAAAGAUGUCACAGAACUGGAAUUGCCGAGUACCAUGAAGGCCGAGUGGCCAAACCCUGCAGAUUUGAGCGACUUGGUUUUGUACAUUGCUCCGGACGAAGGUUUUUACAAGGGAGGUGUUUUCAAAUUCUCGGUGAAGAUCGGAGCAAACUAUCCUCACGAACCUCCUAAAGUGAAGUGUCUCAACAAGAUCUAUCACCCGAACAUUGAUACGAGUGGCAAUGUUUGUCUGAACAUUCUGCGACAGGAAUGGAACCCGGUCCUCAACCUCAAUUCCGUGUUUGUUGGAUUGCAGUUCCUAUUUCUCGCACCAAAUCCUGAUGAUCCACUGAAUAAAGAUGCCGCAUUUGAUCUAAAAUCUACCCCAGCCGACUUUGCCCACAGGGUAUCUUCAUCAAUGAACGGUGGCCGGAUUGGUGGUGCUGUCUACGAUAACGUAUUAACCCACUAA